AUGCUUCAAUCACACACGAGCCAACACUUGUCGAGAGCAUCAAGCAACAACAACUCUUCAGCAAGUCCGACGAACAAUACAACUAAUAAACAGAGCUCGGGAAAUACAAAUUCAUCAUCAUCAUCAUCAACAAUUACUAGUUAUAAAUUAGCAGUUGCUGGAUCGGAUCAAAUAUCUGUUUACAAUUUUUCGUUAACAGUAGAAGGAUCACUCACUCCACAUAUUUCAAUAAAUCCACAUUCAAAACCAAUCAAUGAUGUGAAAUGGAACCAUAAUAGUAAGUUUGAUAUUAAGGUGGUAGCACUAUUAAUCGAGCAUGAUGAAACAGAUCAUGUUUUGGUCAGCUGUAGUGAUGACGGUUAUCUAGUAAUGAACACAUUAAACGGAGAAAAUAUUGGAAAACUACCACUUGAAGAGCAGGUACAUUCUAUUUCAAUUGGAGAAUUUUCAAGAAAGCUUUGUACUGGCGGAGCUUUGGGAAUUGUAAAAAUUUGGGAUUUAAAAAAGAAAGAAGUUGUUCAAACGUUUAAGGGACACAAAGGAAGUAUUACUUUAGUAACUCUCAGCGAAGGAGAUCAAUAUGUAGCAAGUGCUGACUCUAAUGGAAUUAUUUUAGUUCAUAAUUUACAAACCAAUACUCUAACCUGUAGUCUCACAAACAACAGUCAACAAUCUGUAAAAUCUAUGGAAUUUUCUUCGUUUCACAAAUCAUUAUUGGCCACUGCUGGGGACGAUGGAUCGGUGACUGUAUGGGAUAUUCAUUCUGGAAAGUCCUAUUGCUCGUUUUUGAGGCAACAUCAAGCACCAUGCACAGGAGUGCAUUUUUCAAAACAAAAUGCUGCACUACUUGCUUCUUCUGGUUUAGACAAAUGUAUUUAUUUCUUUGAUAUUAAGGAAAAGAGAGUGGUCGAGACGAUAAAAACAAGCCACCCCAUUUCUUCUUUUUCUUAUAUGGAUAAUGGUUCAAUAAUUGCUGUUGGAACAUCGAAUGGAUUAGUAUUCAUUUACGACUUGAAGAAAUCUACUUUGACACCAAUUGCAGAAGUUACUAUGGGCAACUUUUCAAUUAAAUCCAUGGUAUUCCAAGCAAAAUUAAAGAAAUCAUCGCCAACAACUGCAUCAUCUAAUGACAAUUCUAAAUUAACAACAACACUGACAAGAAAUCAAUCAACAGAAAGAAUGCAAGAGAAACAACCUACAACAGUUGAAGUUAAAUCUCCACAACGACCAACAACUCCCACAUUUUCAGCAAAAUCGACCAUCAGUGUUGAUAGUCAGGCAGGAAUGGAUGUGUUUUCUCCUGUGAAAAACAUAGGAGAUGCCAAAAUAGGUCAGCUGUUUCCGACUGUUGAAGACAUUAAGAAGCAAGCUCAGUUAGAGCAUUUAAAUGCAAAACUAAGCUCCAACAAACUGAUGGACAACCCUUUCAAAAACAAGCAAUCUACGUUCAAACCCAUUGAGCAACCACAGACCACCUCUAAACUGGAUUCUAGCAUUAAUUUAGGAAAUGCAUCUAAUAAUCGUAUUUCUCUUUACAAGACUCUCAAACCUUCACAAGAUGACAGAGCACUACUCUCUCCAUCGGGACCAAAGAAAAAGCAAAAGUAUGACAUGUCCUCUCCAUGUGGAGAUGACAGUAAUGAUGAUAAUUUUACAUCGAACGGAAGUAUCACACCCACUCUAGAUCAAGAAGAUUUCUCGUUCGAAAAGAAAGUAAGCACAAGACCUCAUAUUGACAGAAUGACAGAUGAAAACGAAGCAACUGAAAAUAUUUUGCCUCAAAAACCAUCACAACAAACAUCAUCUCCAAUUGUGUCUUCGAGCACUCCAAAAAUUGGGAAUUCUUUUUCAAUGCCAAAGAAUACUGGAGUGUCAGAAGAUACCAUUCGAGAAAUUGUGAAAGAAACAGUCCAGGAUUCACUAUUUGUUUUGCAAACUUCUCUUCACCAGGACAUCACCAACAUGCACGUCGAUAUUUUACGCCAAUUUUGUUUGCAACAAGAACAGAGUUACUCUCUCAUUGAACAACUCUCGAAACAAGUUCAAUCGUUGAAGGAAGAAGUCAGAAUGUUGAGAGAGGAAAAUUGGCAACUGAAAAACUUGAUUUAA